UAACCAUGACAAAAAUAUUGAUGAUGUUUAACAUAAAGUGUCUAUAUUCUAUAGUGUAAUAAACAAUAAUAUAGAUCAUUAUGUACAGUACCUAUAUGAUCUCAGGUUAAAUACCGCUAAUGUUAAACAUAAACAAUGUAGGUAUUGUUUUGAUUUGUUAUUAAUUUAAGCUUAAAAAUCAAUGAUGUAUUAUGCAUUCACUUUUGCCAUGUAUUAUAUAAUCAUAAAUGUGUUAGAAUUUUCAAGUAUUUUACAAACUGUGAAAUUCCAUCAUUGAAUAACUCUCUCAAUAUUUUAUUAAAACUGUUUUUAUUUGAGUUUAACAAAACAUAAUAUUUAUUUUAGAAAAGUGUCCUGAAUAAUUCCGUAUAGGCAGAUGGUCAUCUAAUAACCUAAUCCUUCAUUGUAUUCAUGUUUAAAUAUUCAUUCAAGGUACUCUAAGGUACUCGAAGGUUAUUUGCUAGUAUUGCUAACAUUAAUAGAUUUUGAUAUUUUAAAGUUUUAUUGUUAACAAAUAUUUUUAUAUAUAUAUAUACAAUAUACAUAUAUACAAUUAUUAUACAUAUAUAUUUAUUGAAACAUCAAUUCUUUAUUGCUUAGUCCGAAUAAAAUAUUGUAAGAUAAGUAUCGAUAAAACUACUACCGAUAUCGUACACGGUUCACAACAUUCAUUGCGAAGUAUACUACGUGACUACAUAAUAUAUCACUAUGAAAACUUUAUAUGUUCGCAUGAAACCGAUGAUGUAUUUCUGCCAUCUGUACGGUAUGGGAUUUUGUCGUGACAACUUUCAGAUAAUUUAUUCUAUAUUGAUAUUCAUUAACAUUUCUGUAAGUCUUUAUAUACAUCAUGAAAUGUUCAUUUUUGUCCAAAUGCAUCUGUUGUCAAUGUUCGACCUGUCUACAAUAACGUCAGUUAUUCGAUUGCAUAUCCGUUUCUUAGCACAUCCGUUAAUGAUCGUACUGUUGUGUGUUAAAAAGACGACCAUUUUGAAUUACAUAAGCGACUUCGACAAUCUUAUCCUCAGAAUCAAUACAAUUUCAUUAAAGCCGUACAUGAUAAACUUCUUCGGUUGGCUAGUGUUUACUUUGAUCGCAGAAUUCAUACAGAUUAUGGCGUUCCACCAUCGCAUGGAUUUUGAAAUGUUUUCGAUAAUGUCAGUAGUUGAGUUCGUUUUCUCUAACGUUUGGAUAGUCACACCAGUUUUGAUUUAUAUUUUUUUCAUCUCGUUGAUCUCCCAAGGUAUACAUGAAAUCAAUAAUGACAUAACUUCGAUCAGAGAGUGGAGAAGACACAGUCUCAAAUGGAAACAGCUGCAGUACGUGGGAAUCGUUCUAACAAACAUAGUGUUUGGAAAGAUAAUUAUUAUAUUUAUAAUGUACACCAUCAUGGAUUUAACCUUUUUCUUUUAUGCGACGUAUUUAAGUUGGAUACAUAAUUAUUAUAAUGAACUUGUUGGAUAUAUUAUAAUUUUUUUUGCUCGGGCCGGCUUGAUGUUUCAUCUUUUCCGAACAACCCAGAUUUGCAAAUUAAAAAAACAGAUGAAAAAUACACAAAUACUUUUAAAUGGAAUUAACAAGACUACAGUUUUUGAUUACAAAGAAUUUCAGUUUACUUCUUUGUAUAUAUUGCAUACUGAUUUCAGUUUCAUGCCAUGUAAUAUUUUUGACAUAACGUAUAGAAAUUUAUUAACUAUAUUUACCAUAAUUGCAGCCUACUCGAUAUUUCAAAUCCAAAUGAAUCCAGGUUUAUAAUAUACCUAUUUUUUAAACUUUCAAUAUAAUAUUAAAAAAAAUAUAA